AAAAAAAAAUCUCUACCAGUCGUUACCACUUGAGUUCGAAGUGUCACUCACUUGAAGUUGUUUAUUAUUCAAAUAAAAAAUGAUAAUCCACUGUGUGUCAUAAAUAAUAUAACAAACAAACUUUCUGACAAGACAAAUAUCAUACCGAAACGUAAAAAAUGAGAAGCUGCUUCGUACCGAAUUGUGAUAAUCUGUGUAAGAAUAUGACAAAACGAAUGAUGUUCAUACCGCCGAAGAAUCAAAAUCAAUUCAACCUCUGGAAAUCUGUACUUCCAAAUCGACGUGAAUUGAAGCCAACCGACAGAAUCUGUGAACGACACUUCCGUCCAAGCGAUAUUUAUAAGACCUUCGACCACAUUAUCAAUGGAGUGCUGCAUCAGAUUGACAGAGGUAAGCCGAAACUGGGCCCAAAUGCUGUGCCAUAUUUAAAUUUACCUGCUGACGACAGUGCAUGUACGGAUACAAAACAUACGGCCAGUGAAACGCUUAGGAAAAGUAAAAAGCAACGAGAAAUCGUCAAACCCAUACAUUCAGAAGUGUCGACAAAAACAAGGCGACCGAUUAUCAAACGUCUGAUGAAAGAUUCAAGCAACAAGAAACGAGCCAAGGACAAUACUAAGUGUAGCAAAAAACAACGUGAAGGGAGGGAAAUCAUCGAUGGCUGCACAUUCCUCGAAAACGUCAAUUCGACACAGGUCGACCACAACGAUGAACAAUUGAAUGUUGAAAUACAAGUAACGACGUGUGAAUUUGAGGACAGCAAAGUCGAAUCACCAUCGCCUUGCGGCAAAAUUAACGAAAGGAUUGGAGAUGUAGAAACGUUGGAUGAACUGGGCUACGAUUGCGUGGACGCAACUCUAUUUGAUGGAAUCUAUGAAGACAUUUAUGAGGUAACUCUGCCGAACACGCUUUGGGGCAUUCAUCGAGACCCCAGCCGAAUGUAUAUCGUUUUCUCAUAUUUCGACGCAACGACUUGUUCAACAUCAAAACUGGUUCAUGUGGACAGUGCCAUGACCACACAAAUUUAUAUUCGAGGGAAAAGUGUCAGAAAAUGGUUCAAUUGCAGUUUAUCCAUUGAAUAUUUGACGAAUUUGGUGAGUGAGGUGGACGAAUAUCGAAUCUGUGACAAGUUCGAUGCAAACGGUCAAUGUAAAGUUUUGGCUGCCGAACGAAAUUUGUGUACGGUUUGUCGAUUGAAUAAAGAUUGAAAGAAGAAGCA